CCCCCGGCUUGCCUGCUCGCCAUGGCCGACAAGGAAGCAGCCUUUGAUGACGCAGUAGAAGAACAUGUAAUCAACGAAGAAUAUAAAAUAUGGAAAAAGAACACCCCUUUUCUUUACGAUUUGGUGAUGACCCAUGCUCUGGAGUGGCCCAGCCUAACUGCACAGUGGCUUCCAGAUGUAACCAGACCAGAAGGGAAAGAUUUCAGUAUUCAUCGACUUGUCCUGGGGACACACACAUCAGAUGAACAAAACCACCUUGUGAUAGCCAGUGUGCAGCUCCCUAACGAUGAUGCUCAGUUUGAUGCUUCACACUACGACAGUGAAAAAGGAGAAUUUGGAGGUUUUGGCUCGGUUAGUGGAAAAAUUGAAAUAGAAAUCAAGAUCAAUCAUGAAGGAGAAGUGAACAGGGCACGCUAUAUGCCCCAGAACCCUUGCAUCAUUGCAACAAAGACUCCAUCCAGUGAUGUUCUUGUUUUUGACUAUACGAAACAUCCUUCUAAACCAGACCCUUCUGGAGAGUGCAACCCAGACUUGCGUCUCCGUGGACAUCAGAAGGAAGGCUGUGGGCUUUCUUGGAACCCAAAUCUCAGUGGGCACUUACUUAGUGCUUCAGAUGACCACACCAUCUGCCUAUGGGACAUCAGUGCUGUUCCAAAGGAGGGGAAAGUCGUGGAUGCGAAGACCAUCUUUACAGGGCAUACAGCAGUAGUAGAAGACGUCUCCUGGCAUCUGCUCCAUGAGUCUCUGUUUGGGUCAGUUGCUGAUGAUCAGAAACUUAUGAUCUGGGAUACUCGUUCAAACAAUACUUCCAAACCAGGCCACUCGGUUGAUGCACACACUGCUGAAGUGAACUGCCUUUCUUUCAAUCCUUAUAGUGAGUUCAUUCUUGCCACAGGAUCAGCUGACAAGACUGUUGCCUUGUGGGAUCUGAGAAAUCUGAAACUUAAGUUGCAUUCCUUUGAAUCACAUAAGGAUGAAAUAUUCCAGGUUCAGUGGUCGCCUCACAAUGAGACUAUUUUGGCUUCCAGUGGUACUGAUCGCAGACUGAAUGUCUGGGAUUUAAGUAAAAUUGGAGAGGAACAAUCCCCAGAAGAUGCAGAGGAUGGGCCACCAGAGUUGUUGUUUAUUCAUGGUGGUCACACUGCCAAGAUAUCUGAUUUCUCCUGGAACCCCAAUGAGCCUUGGGUGAUUUGUUCUGUAUCAGAAGACAAUAUCAUGCAGGUUUGGCAAAUGGCAGAGAACAUUUAUAAUGACGAAGACCCUGAAGGAAGCGUGGAUCCAGAAGGACAAGGAUCCUAGAUAAUGUCUGCACUUCUCGUGAUUUUAGACGCCCCUUUUCUUCCCUUCAACCCUCAGAUUGAUUUAACACUGGUUUUGAGACACAGACUUUGUUUGGUUAU